AUGGCCAGCCCAAAGAUGCAACAUCGUCAACUUCGAAGGAGGGUGCCGGUCAUCAUCCGACGAGGAGAGGAGCCGAGGGACCUGGCUCAUCUUUUGGCCGACCUGGAGCGUAGGCAGGCGCCGGAGCCUGAGUCCGGUGACGAAGCUGCAUCCCAGCCCGGUGGUCCAGAGCCCGAGUCUGGCGACGAGGGUGCAUCCCAGCCAGGUGAUGCGAAGCCCGAGUCUGGUGACGAGGGUGCGUCCCAGCCCGGUGACGAAGCUGCGUCUGAGCCUGGUAGUCCCGAGUCCGAGUCCGAGUCUUCGGAUUCUAGCGGAGACGGUUCCUCCUCCGGGUCUUCGUCUUCCGCCUCGUCAAAAUCAGAGGCCAAAUCGGAGGCACCAAAGUCCCCAACGCCGCCAGCAACGGGGCCUCCUGGCCAGCCAUCGGCAACUCUCCCUGCUUCUCCGGGAAAUAUGUUUCUUAAUGGCACGAUACCGCCGAACCGAGGUGCCAUAAUCGUUCCGGUUCCCGGGAUGAACCCCACGACGCUGUUGACCUCGACGACACGGGCAACGACCCCGACAAACCCGGCGACGCCUAUCCCGACGUCGGCGCCGCCCUUGCAAACGACCCCGUCUUCGACACCCAGUUCGGCGACGUCUCCAGCAACCCCUCUUUCGUCGCUGCUUAUACCGUCUCCUAGCCCGCCAGCCCUCAGCCUACCAUUGCCGGUACCUAUGUCUUCUGAUCUUCUCUCGAGCGGUCUUGUUUCAACCAGCACCGACGCGCCGCCGACCGCGACCCCUGAGCCCUCCCCGCCCGGCGAAUCGGUCAACGCGGGUGGUACAGUUACUGCCUCCACUGGAGGAGGAGACGCGCCUGGAAUUCUUGCGGGGUCCAUCGCCGGUGUGGCGGCCGUCACUGGCUUAUCAAUCUACCUAUAUCGGCGUUACACGCGCUCAGGCGAGGUCAAGGUUGCUCUUGACGACAGGUCCAGCGGCCCCGGGCCCACGGAGAGCUCCUCCGGCCCUGACAACGCCAACAAUGCUGCGGCGCCGAACUUUGCUCCGCCCAGUUUUGCCCCGCACAACUUUGCCGAAAACGCCAGCCUCGGCGUCCCGAGCCAUAGCCCGCAGUUGGACAGGAUGACGGCCCUGGACGAGAGGCAGUAUGCAGCAUACAGAAAUCUCAUGGGGGCUGACAGGUAG